AUUCAGACACUGAUGAUUAUGAAAAUGAAUUGUUGCCACCCGAGAAGAAAUACCAACUCGAUAGUGAAGAGGACAUUACGUAUGUACUGUAUCCCCACUUUAAAAACAAAAGGCAUUUAAAAAUAAUCCUAUACUUCCUUUUAGUCUUCUCUCUGGCUGCAGAAGAUUAGUCCUCUGGGAUGUAAAUGUGCCAGCCACUUUGCACAGCGCUGGUUUAUAGGUGCUAUUAUGUUUUUUCCCUACCUCAGGUUUGUACAGACACUCACCCAUCUCCUCAAAGGAAAUAUUGGAACUGGACUUCUAGGGCUUCCUCUUGCAAUAAAAAAUGCAGGCCUUGUGAUCGGGCCUAUCAGUCUUGUGUUCAUUGGAAUUGUGUCCACUCACUGCAUGCACAUUUUGGUACAAUGCAGCCAGUAUUUAUCUCAAAGAUUGAAAAAAACCUCGUUAGGAUAUAGUGACACAGUCAGCCAUGCGAUGGAAGUGGGUCCCUUUGAUUCACUACAAAAACGAGCAGCUUGGGGGAGGUAUAUUGUUGACUUCUUCCUUGUGAUCACACAGUUGGGCUUUUGCAGUGUUUAUAUUGUGUUCUUAGCUGAAAAUAUGAAACAGGUUUUUGAAGGGGGUGUUGUAAAUGCAUCUGUUGUGAUGAAUUUCACAGGAAGCAGCAGCCCCUCCCACAAAUGGACCAUUGAUUUGCGGAUAUAUAUGUUGUGUUUUCUGCCCUUUAUAAUCCUCUUGGUCUUCAUCCGUGACCUGAAGAGUCUGUCUGCAUUCUCUUUCUUAGCAAAUGUAUCUAUGGCCAUCAGCCUUGUAAUUAUUUAUCAAUAUGUUGUUCAGGGUUUGCCUGAUCCUCGAAAAUUGCCUCUGGUGGCUGGCUGGAAGAAAUUUCCACUUUUCUUUGGCACUGCAGUAUUUGCAUUUGAAGGAAUAGGAGUGGUGCUCCCCCUCCAGAAUAGAAUGAAAGAAAGCGAUCGCUUCCCAUUGGCGCUCAACAUCGGCAUGGGAAUCGUGAUGACCUUGUAUAUCACACUGGCCACCCUGGGGUAUAUGCGCUUUGGGGAUGAAAUCAAAGGCAGCAUCAGCCUAAACCUGCCUCAAGAUCAGUGGCUGUAUCAAACGGUCAAGAUACUCUAUUCCUUUGGGAUUUUUGUGACCUACUCAAUUCAGUUCUACGUUCCAGCUGAGAUCAUUGUUCCGGUUGUUGCUGCUAGAGUGCAGGAAAAGCUGAAACUCUUCUGUGAGCUGAUGAUGAGAAUGCUCUUGGUCUGCUUAACCUGUGCUCUAGCAGUUUCUAUCCCUCGCCUGGAUAUAGUGAUCGCUCUUGUUGGAGCCAUAAGCAGCAGCACGUUGGCCUUGAUCUUGCCGCCAUUGGUUGAAAUCUUCACUUACUACAAGGAGAAACAAAGUUCAUGGAUAAUACUGAAAGAUAUUUCUAUAACCUCCUUUGGAGUUAUUGGAUUUCUAACUGGCACCUAUGUGACCAUCCAGGAGAUUAUUUGUCCGGCUGCCUUGAUUUCCGUUAAUGCUACAGGAAUGACUGACUGUUUCAAUACUACGUCACACCCAACCAUGGGUGCUAAUUAAUAUUUGGAAGAUCACAACUCUCCUGGGUUUUUUGUUAGUUUGUUUUUACUGUGGAUAUAUCUGAGAACCAAAGAGAAAGACAGAUUCCAAUUGUGUAGGUUUUUUAGAUGGGAGUCAUUUGAAAUUAUGUCUGAAAACCUAAAACUUACUUUGGUCCAUAAUGCAAAAGCAGUCAGACCAAGAUCUCACUUUUCUUUCCUUCCUUCCUUUCCAUUUGACCGCUGCAGAGCAUCAUCCAGGGAAGGGUGCUCUGCCCAAGCCUUAUGGCCACCUGUGUGUUCUUUUGCAAAGGGACCAAAAAGCCAAGCACUACCUGACUCCUUGCUUGGCUGACAAAAAUGAAGGCAAUGUAAUUUUUCCAUAAAUCCACUUUCAUUUUUAUGGGGUUUUGUUCCGCAACUGGCCAGGUCUUGGAUUAGCUCAUUUUUUCCCUGGGAAGUUGGCUGUUCCAAACAUGAAGUAUAACGAAACUAACAGAAUUCCUAGUGGAAGGUUAUGCGGGGGAACAUGGGGACUAGAUAUGUUAACAAUUUUUCCUAAUGUCUGAAAAGCAGUAUGUCUUACAGACGAUGCCUUUGUCACAACAGUCUUGUUGCAGAAUCCAGAACAUCAAAAUUGGCUCCUACUGUGAUGGGAUCUUGCACACGCAACUUCUGCCUGGACCAUUUGAGCAAAAGGGAGCCAUUAUGAUGAAUCAUCACAUAAGCUAUUGAAGCCGUUCCCUUGCCCUCCAUUAUACAGAAUUGCUGCCCUACAGCUCAGCAAAAUGGUGUAUUUUAUUAUUUAUUCCAAACGUUACAGAGCACUUCUGUAUUUGUAUUUUGGUGCUGUUUAUUUCAAGGAGAUAUUUCUGCAGACUUUCACUUUAAAUGGAAAUAACAUGUUUUGAUUCUUUCAUGUUUUCGUCCACCUUUUAAAGGAAAUGAGCACUGGCAUUGUGUUGAUGCCUUAAGUGCAAUGAAAGAGUUAAUGGAAUAGAUCUAGAUUCGCUCAAAGCAGUCCCAGAGAAAUCAAUGAGGCCCAAUUUAACCAUGGCCAUCUUAAGUCCCAUUGAUUUCAAAAGCUCUGAACAUGACUAUGUCUUGCUCAGUCUACUGUUUUGGACCUUUUUGAAAUCAACUGGACAUCUUAAAAUUGCUCACUUGGUAAUUUGCAAAGACUUGAAAAACCAACACAACCUCUGCACUGAAAGCUGCAUUUGCCCGAAUGCUUUUGGUCAUGAUCCCUCGGAUUUUCUCUUGUGCAGAAGCUCCACUAAAAGUAUUAGGAGCUGCCAUUGUGGUAUUCCCAUUCAUUUCUGCAGAGUUUUCAUAAGACAGCAUCCCAUGGGGAAGGAGCCAAACCACACAGAACUGCAGACAAACACAAGUCUUGUGUACAAGACUUUUGUGCUCUUCACGGACUAAGCCAUGAGAGGUUUUAGGAAUUCAGGAGAUUUUGUGGGGAUCUUCAUUUCAGACUGCUUAGCCCACUUUCAUGUACAACUGCAGUUGUGGUGGAGUUCCAUAUUUCACAUGCCUCGAACCCACGAGGAUCUGACCACCCUCCUGGAGUCUGCCCAUGCCACUCCCCCUCUGAACCCAGAUCUCUGACUUGGAGCAUGAGUGUGCUGCCCGUCGUUUUUCCUAAGGGACAAUUUUAUUUUAGAAAGGAAUUUAAUUUAAUUCCAUUUAAUUUUAGAAAGGAGAAAAGCCUACAAAGCAUGGUUGGCAUGAUUGGAAUUGUAGGACUUUUCAAAUGUGCAUAGGAUUAUAUCCUUAAUCACAUACAAAACCCAAAUCGUGCUCAGCUUGCGCCAUAAAGGAAGGCCUCUAUGCAGCCGCAACAUUAGCUUGCACUAGAGGGGUGGGAAGACCCUGCCUUGCCCAGAUGUCCUUCUUGACUUCCCCCUUUCGUUUUCCACCUGGCUGGUGGCCGGUUAGCAUUCAGGCGCACAGCUCUGCUGCCAUUGCAUCUGGUUUGUACUUGAGUGUACAUACAGUUGCUAGUUUUGUUUUUUAAUUGUAUCCGAGCAAGGCAGCCCUCACUUUAGUUUCUGGCAGCUCCUUCUGUGUGUUUUCAGAAGAUACUAAACUGCCAGCUCUGCUGGAAUCCUCCAUUUUCUGGCCUACGAAUCACAUUGGAGGCUUCCAAGCAGAGUCUGUGCCAAUACGCCCUAGAUUGGAGGAGUAACGCUUGGCCAGCGGUACUCUUUGACUCCCACACACUGAUGGCCAGGCCGGGACUGUGAUCUUCAGGUCAUGCUUGUUAAUCCCAUAAGUGCCUUUUCCCUCAAGUGAGUGUAGGCUGUUACAUCCAGAAUCCGCAUCAUUGGAAACACCUGGAUUUCUAUUCUUUGGAAGGAUUCCACUCCAAAUGUUUUGGCUGGAGGUCUCCAGCCCUGCCAGCAUGCCAGACUACUCUCAUCGGACAGCCCAGCUCUUCAGCUUUCUUUCCUGUCCUCCACUUGCGUGUAAAAUGCUCCCCUGUAAUUUUGAUGUUACAUAUUUGAAAAUGGUUAACAGAUGGAGCCGUACUCGAAACACAAUUGUGUCUCAGUGUUCUGUGUGUGCAUAAUUUGCACAAUGUAUUUUUCAAUGUUUUCCUACUGUGUAGGGACUUCUAUUUCGAAGCACUUCUGAUUCAGAGCAGACUUCCCCAGGUGCAGUGCCUUUAUCUCGAGGGCACUCAUUCUCCUAGUCUCAAUAGUGCUCUUGUAUUCCGUUGAAUCCCAUUGGUCUAAAAAUGUGAAGAAAAAGAAACUUCUCCAAAAGAAGAUUUUUAAUGCUACCUUGUCUAAUAUUGGAUCAGUUACUACAUGCGAAAUAAAUUUCCGAGGAAUACAUGCCAAAGAUAGUGAUGCAUUAGAUUAGAUACUUAGAUGAAGCUGGAACUAAUGAAUGAAUGUGAAACUGAAAACAAGUAUUUAAGGGGGCAACAGAAGUGAUCAUCUGUAUGUCAGAAAAGUAGAAGCAAUUCCAGUGGAUGCUUUUGUGUUUGUGAAGCAUAGAUAGAGAGGAAUUAUGUUAAUAUGCAGUAUAUGGAUGUAUAUUUAAGUGGGUUAUAUGGUGGGCACUUUUAAAGUAGCUUAUUCAUUGGUUGCAUUAAAAAGAAGACUGGACCAUGUAUCCAUUAACUUUCCUAAGGCACCAAAGCUGGGCAUGAAGCUUUGGAGAUUGUACAGUGUGCGGUAGCUUAUGCAGACAUUAUCUAAAUAAAACUUGUGACAUAAA